AUGGAAUGGGAUGACCUCUCGCCCGCGCGCCAAAUCCAGUGGAUACUGGAACCUGGAGACAUCAAAUGGGGCUGGGUCAUCUACCGAUGCACUUACAAGCCAGAGCUCCAGGGCCCUUGGGAGAAGUUCAAGAACGUUGUUGAAUGCAAGAUUCGAAAGGACAUUGCAGAUUCAGAUGCCCCUGACAUCGCCGAGAAGCUCGAUUUGGUCUGGGUCGAGGAUUCUCAGCUUGAAGGUGCACCGCUGAGCGAGCUGAAGCGUAGAUUCAGGGAGUUGGCACGCACCGACACGCAACACCCAGACUUCGAUAUAGGUGCUGAUCCCUUUGGACUGGGUACAAUGCACUCAUACUUUAUCCAAGUUGACGAGGAAAGCCUGGUGAGCUGUCUUUGUGAAGCUGGUGUUAAUCUUCAUGGAGGGCAUGUGAAUAUUGUCCGGGGUUGGGCAGAUGGUCUCGCGCCUGAGGAGGCAACGGAUGAGUUUGGUGAUGCCCUUGAUGCUGAGGACUGGAUGAAGAUUCCGGCAAGCGAGAUAACCCAUAGCACUUAUAUGGAAUUUGACAACGAUGAAUUGUGGUAUAUUAACUAUACGCAACCGCCGAACGUGUGCUAUCCACGUUGGUAG